AAAGCUCCUGUCCCUUGAGAUUUCCUUCUUUAGUUCCUUAGUCUCAUUGAAGAACUCCUGCAAAUACAGGGAGCAGAAACUGAGGAAAAGGCUGGAACCACUCUGUUUCACUGGACAUACUGAGGAAAGGGCAGUUUCUGGGUCAUAAGCUCCAUUGAAAAUGUCUGUCCAGUUUUCUCCACAGGCACCCUGGAGGAACAACAACAUCAGUUUUCUGAGCAGAGAGGCAGCUGUAACAGAGCAAGGAGAGACUAUCAUAGGUUUCUACCUACUGGCUUUAGGUUGGCUGUCUUGGUUUGGAAACAGUAUUGUGAUUUUUGUCCUGUAUAAACAACGACAUCUGCUGCAGCCCACUGACUACCUCACGUUUAACUUGGCAGUAUCAGAUGCCAGUAUCUCCGUAUUUGGUUAUUCACGGGGGAUCAUUGAAAUCUUCAAUGUCUUCAGAGAUGAUGGAUUCAUUAUCACAUCAAUAUGGACUUGCCAGGUUGAUGGCUUCCUGACACUUCUCUUUGGCCUGGCUAGCAUUAAUACCCUUACAGUAAUCAGUGUGACCCGCUACAUCAAGGGCUGCCAUCCCGAGAGAGGUCACUGCAUCAGUAACAGCAGUAUGACAGUGGCGCUGGUUCUCAUUUGGAUAGCAGCUUUCUUCUGGUCAGCAGCUCCAUUACUUGGCUGGGGUAGUUAUACAGAUCGCAUGUAUGGCACAUGUGAGAUAGACUGGGCAAAAGCCAACUUCUCUACAAUCUACAAGGCCUACAUUGUCUCAAUUUUUAUCUGCUGUUUUUUCCUACCUGUCACAGUCAUGGUCUUCUCAUAUGUGUCAAUUAUCAAUACUGUCAAGCUAAGCCAUGCGUUAACAGGACUGGGUGAUCCCACAGACAGACAGAGGAGAAUAGAGCGGGACGUCACCAGGGUUUCUAUUGUAAUUUGCACAGCCUUCAUUAUUGCAUGGUCGCCAUAUGCUGUCAUCUCUAUAUGGUCUGCCUAUGGUCACCCUGUACCCAAUCUUACCAGCAUCCUUGCCAGCUUGUUUGCCAAGUCUGCCAGCUUCUACAAUCCCAUUAUCUACUUUGGAAUGAGCUCCAAAUUUAGGAGGGACAUCUUCACCUUGUUCCAUUGUGCCAAGGAAGCCAAGGACCCUGUGAAGCUCAAACGUUUCAAAAACCUCAAGCAAAAACAAGAGCCCUCUCAGAAAGAAGACAAGUAUGUGGGAGAAAUGCAUCCUGCACCAAGCCCUGAUUCGGGGAUGGGAAGUCCAACCAACACCCCAUCUCCAGCAAACAGGGAAGUGUAUUUUGGUAUUCUCGAUACACCAUCUAAUAACCCCGAUAUUGAAUGUGAUAGACUGUAAGCUUUGUGGCCACUUAACACAUGCAUCUGUUUUGUGUCCACGAGGAGUCUCUUCACAUCAGCGCUUGAGUGAUUUCCUAAUUUCCAGUCCAUCUGUUUCUUGCUAUAGCACUGAUGACUAUACAACUCAAGCAACUCAGACAGUAAAGUGAUAUUUUCCUUCUAUGUAGGUACAAAACACUAUGAAGCACAUUACAAUGUUGGCAGCACAUCCAGUGCCAGGAGCAUUCGAUUUUCACAUGCAUGCAAGAAAAGGAAGACUGACUUGUGAAGAGCAAGCAUUAGCUAGCAAAAAUAACUGAUAAGUUCCUACCCAAAUUUUAUUAAUUAGGAGAUUAUAUUCCCAACUCUGUUUUUUACUCUUCAACAGUCCCGGCCAUAGAGGACUGUUUUAGCUGGGUGGUGCUGCCCAGCCCGGGCUGUAGGAGAAGACGAGCCCUGCUGAAAUUGCCGCGGAGCUGCUGCAGCUCCGACGGCUGCGAGCUGGUGGGCAAAGCGGUGAGGUCCCCGCGGGGCACCCCAGCGAGCCCACCCUGGGGCUCCCAGCCCCUCCGGCCACGGGGCUGCGGGUCCCAUUGCCUGUGCCUGACUCUGCCUGUACCCGUGCAAGCGCCAGGAGUUGUAGAUCUUGGCAUUUUCUAGUCACUCUAGUCUGAACAGUGGCUUCAUACUUUUCCUUGUUGGUCUGCAGAAUUAUUUCCAUCUUCCCAGUGAGCUGGGCCUGGCUGCAGCAUUCAGAUUCAGGAAAGCUGGCCUUUUAUUUUACUGAUCUGUCUCCAAACUGGCUGGUUUUCUCCCUGACUAUUAAGGUGGAACAAGAGAUGUACAGGCAGUGAAACCAAAAAUGUCACUAAGGUUUUAAGAGUAUUGAUGAGGCAUAGCAUCAGAGCUAUUCACAAAAUAAAAUCCAACACUUCACUGCUGCUUCUGAAGAAAGCUUUGUAUCUGCCUAUUGGCAAAAAAUGACUUCUAGGUAAAAGUAAUUAAAUAGCAAUUAAGAAUAGUGAUUUAAACAGCUAAGCUGUAGGCUUAAAUCAGUAGCAAGACUAUCAGAUGCUAUAAUAUACAAUUUUUUCACCAAGGUUAUUUUACAGAAUCAAAAGGCAUAUCUUCAUAAUUCCCCAUCUAGGAAAUUAACUGCAUACUUGGAGACUUCUGUAAAAAUGUGUCUGGAUUAGCUGUGGAAACUGUGGGUUCAUUUAGUGCCAUUUACAAACUAAGGGGAAAAACAGAAGAAAAAACCCCCAAAUUUGUUGCUAGUCUCACUACUAUUCAUCACUGUUUGGAAUCUCACUGUCCCGGUGUGCUAAAAUGUAGUUGUUUUGCAAAAGUAUGUUUUUCCACAUGUGUUUCUUGGGAAAGUUACAAAGAGAGCCCGCCUUCAUUUCCCCCAUUACUCUAUUUGUUUUGAGAAACUCACCUGUGUUUUGAAGUUAAAAACAAAUAAACA